GUUUUGAGUUUUGCAACUAUGAACCUCCCCUGCACAGGGACUCUGGCGCUCCUGGGAGUUUCGCUGUGAAAUUGAGACAAUUGGAUGUUCCUGAUGUACAGGCUCGUGAAAGAUCCCUCUUUGCUCAGGCGAAUACAAGGUGGAUCUAUGCUAAGGAGCAAGCGGAAAGCAGAGGAAGUUUAAGAGGGGAGAAUGCAGGCUGUUUAUUGGUACGCUGUCCUUCUCCUUCAGAGCAGUCUUUAUUUGGUUAUUUGCGUUCAUGGAAAUAAUCCGCAGAAAUCAGAACUUCUAAAAACUGACAGCCCUAAGAAUUCGCAAAAACACAUAUGGACAGAAAGCAGCAAAGACCUCUCCAUCAGCCGUCUGCUUUCACAGACAUUGUCUGGCAAAGAGAAUGCUACUGCUGUGGACCUGCAUUACGAAACUCCAGUACCGUACUCUGACCAGGACAUAUGGGAUUGGUUACGAAAUGCAUCAGAUCAGAAGGAGCCCCGCCCUCGACUUAAGAGGCGACCUAUAGUCAAAACGGGCAAAUUUAAGAAAAUGUUUGGCUGGGGGGACUUCCAUUCCAACAUCAAAACUGUCAAGCUAAAUCUACUCAUCACAGGCAAAAUAGUGGACCAUGGAAAUGGUACCUUUAGUGUCUAUUUCCGUCACAAUUCAACUGGCCAGGGGAAUGUUUCUGUCAGCCUGGUACCCCCUACAAAAAUUGUGGAAUUUGACUUGGCUCAACAGACGGUGAUUGAUGCCAAAGAUUCAAAGACAUUUAACUGCCGUAUUGAGUAUGAGAAAGUGGACAAGGCAAAGAAGACUACGCUUUGCAACUAUGAUCCAUCAAAAACCUGUUACCAGGAGCAAACGCAAAGCCAUGUGUCAUGGCUGUGCUCCAAACCCUUUAAGGUUAUAUGUAUUUAUAUUUCAUUUUACAGUACAGAUUAUAAACUAGUGCAGAAAGUGUGUCCAGAUUACAAUUACCACAGUGACACUCCAUAUUUCCCCUCUGGCUGAGGGUGACCUGAUUGGCAUCUGAGAAAACGGUUACUGUAAUUAUGGUAUUGUAAUGAAUUCUAUAUCUUAGUCUUCAUUUGUAUGAAUGGUUUGUACUGUAUAUAGUUUAUUCAGUGUUAUUUCAGCUACCUAUGACCAUUAACUUGUAACUGUCUCUCUUGCUUGUUUAUGGUUUUAAGAACAAAUGAAAUGAAAAAAAUAACCUUUUAUUUGUGUAGCCAUUAUAGCUUACAACAAAUUCAUGUACAAAAAAUUAUUAUAAUUAAUGUAACUGGUGAAAGAACAAUUUAAGAGGUAUACAUAUACCAUAUUAUUCAUUGCUGUAUUAAAGUAUUUUAUUUCUGGAAGAUAUGAUAUGUAAAUAGUAAUAAAAUACUAAAAGAUUUCAGUUUCAAAAUGUGGAUACCCUUGAAUUAUGGCACAUCAAUAAUUAUUGAAAAUUUCCCUGUGACUUUUGCUUCUUUAUUUGAUGAAUAUGUAUGAUGGUGCUUUUGGUCCAGGAUGUUUAUUAU